GCGCUGCUUUGCUUUCGGCGUGGCGUCCGCGAGGUGACGUGGCUGAGGCGGGAAAGUGUGGAUGACGUAGGCGCCGGAACAGCGUGGCUGCGCGGAGCCUGCAGCCCUGCGACGGGCGCCUCAGCUAUCUACUGUGAAUGCACUGAAAGCUGAGCCAUGAGUCUUGUACUCCAUGAUCUGUUGGCUUGUUGCCGACAGCUUGAAAGUGACAAAGCGACGGAGCGCAAGAAGGAAAUUGAAAAGUUCAAGCGCCUCCUGUGUGACACUGAAACAAUUCAGCAGCUGGAUCGGAAUUCUGAGUUUAGACAAGGAAAACAGCUGAACUGGGAUACUGUAUUCAGGUUCCUGCAGAAAUACAUUCAGAAAGAAACUGAAAGUGUCAGGUUAGCAAAGCCAAAUGUAUCUUCUUCAACACAAGCAACAAGACAGAAAAAGAUGAAAGAGAUGAGCAGUUUGGUCAAAUAUUUCAUCCGGUGUGCCAAUAAAAGAGCACCCAGGCUAAAAUGUCAAGAGCUUCUGAUAUAUAUUAUGGGUACAGUAAAUGAUCCAUCAGGUUGUGCUAUUUAUGGAACUGAUUGCAGUAGUAUAUUGCUAAAAGACAUCCUUGCAGUGAGGAAAUAUUGGUGUGAAAUAUCUUCAGAACAAUGGUCAGAUCUCCAAAACCUGUUCUUCAAAUUAUUUCUCAACUCUUCCAGAGAUAUUAACAAAGUUUUGGUGGCUAGAAUAAUUUACACACUUACCAGAGGACUAUGUUUCCAAACUGAUUGUCUAAAUUCCAAUAUUUGUAACUUCUUCUCAAAAGCUAUGCAGUGUGCAAGGCAAGAAAGAAAUCCUGCAGGACUUGAUCAUAUUUUUGCAGCCAUUAAUGAAUUUUUCCGUGUAUUUGCUGUAAGCCACCGUAUACGGGUUUGUAAAUUUGGAGAAGAGAUUCUGCCAAAUGUGCUUUACAUAUGGUUUCAAUAUAAACCAAAAGAUUCUUUGAAGGAGCAGAUAAUUGAACUAGUUCAGCUUCAGGUUCGUGUUCAUCAUCCAAAUGGAGCUAAAACUGGAGAAAGGGGAAUAUGUGACUCGGCAAAAUGGCAAAGUAUUUUGUACAAUCUGUAUGAUCUAUUAGUUAAUGAGAUAAAUCUCAUUGGCAGCAGAGGAAAGUAUUCUUCAGGCUCACGUGGUACUGCUGUAAAAGACAAUCUGGUUGAGUUGAUGGCUGAUAUUUGUCAUCAGGUCUUUGCUGAGGAAACCAAAGUCCUAGAGAUAACUCAGUCCUAUACGGUUACACAGAGAGACUCUGGAAAUGGAGAAGGACCUUCUAAACGUAGGAGAAUUGAAUUGGGUUGGGAAGUGAUUUGGGACAACCUGCAAAAAUCACAGAAUAACUUCGAUGUCAUACCUUGGCUUCAGAUCACAACCAGGUUAUUAUCGAAAUACCCCAUGAGUCUUUCUCACAGUGAUCUACCCCUGUUACUCAGUAUACUUUACCAGCUACUCCCUCAGCAGCGUCAGGGAGAAAGGAUGCCUUAUGUGUUAAGAUGUCUUAAAGAGGUUGCUUUGUGUCAAAGCCAGAAAAAAGAUCUGAAUUCAACACAGAAAUCAGAGCUUCAGAGAACUUGGUCAAAAAUUUGGUCUGUUGUUGGUCGUAGCCUAAGCCUUCAGCAAACUGAAGUAGAAAGCUUUGCAUUACUUGGAGUCUUAAUUCAAGGAAACUUAAUAAAAUUAGAGAAGGAUGUUUGGAAGAUAUUUUCAGGAUCUGCAUGCAAGCCUUCAAGAUCUGCAGCACAGUGCUUAGCAUUAACAAUGAUAACUUUGGAAGUGCCAGAAUCUUUGAAAAUUGAGACAGCACAGAAUAAUUGGGAAGGAAGUACAGCUUGUACGUUAAAAGAAACCAUUAUGAAGUGGCUUCUGUCUUGCCAUGUGGAGGAUGAUAUAGGUGAUGGUGUGGAGCUGCCUCCUAUUUUGUGCAGUGACUUUCCUAAACUAGAGUUGCAGAAAAUCCUCGUAAGUCUGACUAUGAAAAAUUGUAGUGCAGCAAUGAAUUUUUUCCACAAUGUUUCAGAAUGUAAGCAACAUGCACAAGACAAAGAAGAAACCAGUCUUUCAGAAAUUGAAGCAUUUUAUGCACAGACAACUUUUGAUGAAACUGAUAUUUUUACAAACACAACUGACGAUAUAUCUCAAAACAAGCCACCUGGUUCCAGACUAGUUGUUAAUCAGAAACUAAAAGAAGGCUUAGAACAUGAUCUCUUUGUAAUGGCUGAACAACUUCUUGGUAGCUUUUCCGCUGAGACUACAGCUACAGAAUUCACAAUACGAUGCAUCAGUCUCAUAACUGGUGUUCUUGGUUGCUAUUGCUAUGCUGGCCUGUUGACAGAAGAAGCAGCAUGUAAAUCACAACUUUUUCAUAAAGCUAAGUCUCUUAUUCAUUAUGUAGGAGAAACUAUUUCUCAGUCCAAAAACAAGCUAAAUGAAGAGUCUAGGAUCAUUUCAUUGAGGACUUUAAUAGUACAGUGUGCUAGUUGCUUAUGUAACUGUACCCAGAACAGCCCAAGAAAAAGCCAGUCUGGAAUUUUUUUGCACUUGUUAACAUCACAGCUGAUGAAUAAUCUUGCAGAUACUUGCAAACAUCUGAUGCUAUUUACUGGGAAGGCAAAUGAAGUGGGAGAGAUUAGUUUCAUGGAAGAUGAUCCUGAAGAGAGUAAAAUGGAAGAAGAAAAUCCAAAGGUCUUAGAUCUGUUUGAUGAUCAUUCUGCUGAAGCUGCUGAUGUCAGUGAGAGUGGAGAGCUGCAGACCUUGACAGGUGCUACAAGCCCAUUAGCAGAAGAACAUCUGACUAAACAGGGCUUUCUUCUCCUCGAUAUUUUAAAAUUCUUGUGUAUUGCUGUAACAGCAGCACCAGGGCAAUCUGUUUGCUUUAGAAUAUCAGAAAUUCGAAGGAAACUCCUAAUGUUAAUAACUGGAAAUGCAUUUGAUUAUAUUAAACCAUUACAUCUGCAUCUGUAUUUAGUCUUGCUGAAGGAGCUCCCAGCUGUGGAAAAUUCCUUGCCUGAAGAUGAUGUUGUCUCACUUCUCAAGCCUCUUUCGGAUAUAUGCUCCUUUUAUCGUCGUGAUCAAGAAGUUUGUUCAGCAAUUCUGCACAAUCUGCUUCCUAUGGUAAAUGCCUUGGGCACUAUCAGAACGACCACUGAAGAUUUAAGUGAAGCGCAGGGUCAAUUUUUAACAGUUGUUGGAGCAUUUUGGCAGUUAGCAAAUGGAGGGAAAUGCACAGCUCCUGUAAGAAUAGCCUUAGUAAAAUGUAUGGAAGCCUUACUUCAGGUUGAUCCUCAUUCCAAAUGGGCUGUGCUUAAUGUUAAACAGAAAAAUGUACCUGUGAGUGAUGCUUUUCCCCACUUCCUUGCAGAUAGCAACUUUCAAGUAUGCAUGGUUGCAGCCAAGUCAAUAACCAGUUUGUUUCAAGAUGUGAAAAUUAGAGAUUCUACUGGGUUGCUGAAAGCUCUGCCUUUGAAACUCCAGCAAAGGGCUUUUGAAAAUUUAUACCUCAAAGUUCAAGAAGGAAUGAGUACACAGGCACAUGGCACUGAAGGUGAAGAGAAUCUUCCUGAUGAAGAAUAUAAUAGAAAGUCAGUUCUCCUCAUGUUAAUAACGAUGGUUUUACGCUGCAGUCCUGUGUGUGAAAAGCAGGCAUUAUUUGCUGUCUUUCAGUGUGUAAAAAGGAAUGGAUUAGAACCUCAACUAGUAAGAAAGGUAUUAGAAAGAAUUUCUGACACGUGUGGAUAUACAAGUGUGGAAGAUUUCAUGAAUACCCACUUGGACUAUCUUAUUUUAGAGUGGCUGAACUGCAGCUACAGUCUUUCUGUAUUUCCAUAUAUGUUACUAAAUUAUUCUACUUUGGAAGAGUUCUACAGAUCCUGUUACAAAGUUUUGAUUCCACAACUGAUAGUUCAAGAUCAGUUUGAAGAGGUGAAGUCUGUUGCUAACAAGAUUGAAAUAGAGGAACGGCAGCUUCUCACACAUUGCUUUCCUAAAAUCCUUGUUCAUAUUCUGCCUUACUUUGCCUACCAAAACCAUGAAGAUGAUGAAGUAGCACAAAAGAGAGAUCUAUCUUCUAAAAUCUAUGAUACACUGAAAAAUGAAAACUACUUAGGAAAACCGCUGAUAGACAAUUUAUUUCAUGCUAAUUUGCCAGAGAUUGUGGUGGAGAUGUUGAUGACCUUAUUUGAGCCAGUACAUAGAGAAGCAGGAGAAGAUGCUGACCUAACAAGAUUUGCAGGGUACAGAGAUUCAGAUCCUGCUCCGAAUCCACCUCAUUUUCCAUCAUAUGUGAUCAAAGCAACAUUGGAUUACAUUAGCAGCUGCCAUAAAACCAAGUCAAAAGGUCUUGUAGGAAUUCUUUCAAAGAACCCUGAGUCAUUCCAGAAGAUCUUACUUUCCAUAUGUAAGCAAGCAUCUGGAACAACUAAUGUUUACAAAAGACAUAGAAUCCUUAUGAUAUAUCAUUUUUUUGUAAAUUUAUUAUUGAAAGAAAUAAAAGACAGUUUAGGGGGAGCAUGGGCUUUUGUGCUUCGGGAUGCAAUUUAUACUAUGAUUCAUCAUAUCAACAAUAGGUGUGUACCACUCAGGGGAGUAUCCCUCCGGAGCUUCCUGCUGUGUUUUGACCUUCUCAGUCGUGUUUGUCACACAGCAGUCAAAUACUGUAAGGAUGCCCUAGGGAGUCAUCUCCACAUUGUUGUGGGUACACUGAUACCUAUAGUUGCAGACCAACUUGAGGCCCAAGAAGAGGUCUUGGGCUUACUGAAGUACCUGGUGAUAGAUAAUAAGGACAAUGAAGAUCUCUACCAAGCAAUUAAACAUCUUGAUCCUUUUCCUGAUCAUCCUGCUUUUAAGGAACUGCAUGCUACUCAGCAAAGUAUAAAAUACAGUGGUGGGGAGUUCUCUCUUUUGGAGGAGAUAAACCAUUUCCUAUCCAUAAAUAUAUCUGAUUUGUUACCAUUGACAAGACUUGAAGGCUUGAAUGAUUUAUGCAAACAACUUGAAAACCAUAAAGAACAAAUGAAGUACCUUUUGAAGGAAAUUCAGAAAAACCCAAAGGACUGUGUAAUACUGAAGCUGAUGACAUGCUUUUUACAACUUUCAAAAACCGCUGCAAACUCUACUGACACUGUCUUGGAGGCAGUUGGUCGUUGUUUGGGAGAAAUUGGCCCUAUAAAUUUUUCUACCACAGCUUUACAGCAUAGUAAAACUGUGCCCUGCUCAAGCACAGUUAAUCUGUUUGAAGACAGAGAACUUCAGUGGGUUUUUAUAAUGGUAACUCUCAUAAACAAUGCUUUAAUAGAUCAGUGCAUUGAAAUUAGAUCAGCUGCUGCUGCUUGUUUGAAAAAUAUUUUAGCCACUGAGACUGGCCAUGCGUUUUGGGAGAUUUGCAAAAGCAAGGAAGAUACCAUGCUGGUAUACCUGCAUCCUUUCCGACUGCCUAAGAAAAAGUUCUUGAAGGUGCCUGAAAAAGCAAGAGAAACCCCAUCAGAAGAUCUGGAUAAUGCAAAUCUAUGGAUUCCACAGAGUGAAAGCCAUGAAGAUUGGAUUAAAAACUUGACAUGUGCAUUAUUGGAUAGUGGAGAAGUAAAAUGUGAGGUCCUUCUGUUACUGAAGCCCUUAUGCAAGGUUCAAACAGAUUUUUGUCAGACUAUUCUUCCAUACUUAAUACAUGAUAUCCUGCUUCAUGACUCAAAUGAAUCUAGGCAAGCCCUUUUGUCCACGCAUAUUCAGAUGUUUUUUACCACCUGCUGCAAAUAUGCAUUGACUCCCAGCAGGUCAUCUACACCUGCAAAUUCAGAUCCAGGCAAUUCAGAUCUGGAAAACUUUGCACAUGGAAAUUUGGAUAAAAUAUCUCGAAAGACUAUGCUUGCUGUGGUUGACUACUUAAGAAGGCAAAAAAAGAAUCCUUCAAGUACAGUCUUUGAAGACAGCUUCUGGCUGGAGCUCAAUUAUCUUCAAGUUGCCAUGGCAGCUCAGUCUUGUGCUGCUCACUUCACAGCUUUGCUCUAUGUAGAAAUCUAUGCAGAUAAGAUAAACCUAAGCAAACAACAGAAAAGGUCGACUGCCAAAGCAGUUCAACAGCUAACAUUUGAGGAAGGAAGUCAAAAUUCAACACUGACUUGUUUGAGCAACAAGAGUAAAGAAGAAAUUGGAAUCAGUUUGCAGGAUCUUCUCAUGGAUAUAUACAAAAGUAUAGGAGAACCAGAUAGUAUCUAUGGCUGUGGUGGAGGAAGAAUGCUUCAGCCCUUAGCAAGGAUAAGAACAUACGAACAUGAAGCGGUAUGGGGGAAAGCCCUUGUAACCUAUGACCUUCAAAUGGACCUUCCACCAUCAACUCGACAGGCAGGAAUAAUAGAGGCCUUGCAGAACUAUGGGCUAUGUGAUACACUCUCAGUCUACUUAAAAGGACUGGAGCAGGAGAAUGAAGAAUACUCUGUGGAAUUACAAGAGAUUCGUUAUCAGGCAGCCUGGAGGAAUAUGCAAUGGGAUCAGAUCUCUUCUGCCAAAGAUGAAAUAGGAGGACAAGGCUACCAUGAAUCAUUGUAUGAUGCUCUGCAGUGCUUAAGGGACAGAGAAUUACCUACAUUUUAUGAGAGGCUGAAAUGUGCAAGAAUCAAGGAAGUAAAAGAGCUGUCUAAAGGUAGCCUUGAGUCUGUAUAUUCACUGCUACCUACACUCUGCAGACUACAGACCAUUGGAGAGUUGGAAUGCAUAGGACUUCUCUCUGGAUCAGUUACUAUCAGUGAACUGAACUGUAUGUAUCUAAAGUGGCAGAGACAGUCUCAGCUUCUCCAGGACAGUGACUUUGGUUUCGUGGAGCCUAUCAUGGCUCUGCGCACAGUGAUUUUGAAGAUCCUCUUGGAGAAGGAAAACGAGAACGCCAAAAGGGAAUGCAUUAAAAACAUCCUCAUCAAACAUCUUGUGGAACUUUCCAGACUGGCUCGAGUGGCAAAAAAUACACAACUUCCAGAAAGGGCAAUGUUUCAAAUUAAACAGUUCAGCCCAAUGAGGCAUGGGGUAUCUGAAUGGCAGCUAGAGGAAGCUCAGGUGUUCUGGGCUAAGAAGGAAGAAACUUUAGCACUGAGUAUUCUAAAGGAGAUUAUCAAGAAAUUGGAUGAAGAUUCUUUCAAGGUUGAAAAUGACCCAGGGCUGAGAUUAAUUUACACAGAAUGUCUGAGAUUAUGUGGAAGCUGGUUAGCAGAGACGUGUUUAGAAAAUCCUACAAUCGUUAUGAAGAAUUACUUGGAAAAGGCAGUAGAGGUUGCUGCAUGCCAAAAUGAUGGCAGCACUAAUGAGCUAAAGAGUGGAAAAAUGAAGGCUUUUCUGUCUCUGGCUCGUUUUUCGGAUACUCAGUACCAAAGAAUUGAAAACUAUAUGAAAUCAUCUGAGUUUGAAAACAAACAAGCUUUGUUGAAGAAAGCUAAGGAGGAAGUUGGUCUUCUGCGAGAACAUAAAGUCCAGACAAAUAGAUAUACUGUCAAAGUUCAACGAGAGUUGGAACUCGAUGAAUGUGCAAUUCGAGCUCUCAGAGAAGAUCGCAAACGUUUCUUGUGUAAAGCCAUUGAGAACUACAUCAGCUGUUUACUGAGUGGUGAAGAGUAUGACAUGUGGAUCUUCCGGCUCUGUUCCCUCUGGCUUGAGAACUCUGGAAUUUCUGACAUCAAUGUGAUGAUUCAGAAGGAAGCAAAGAAAAUACCAUCCUACAAGUUUUUGCCUCUGAUGUACCAACUGGCUGCUCGAAUGGGAACUAAGUCUAUGGAAUUCCAUCACAUUUUGAAUAAUCUGAUAGCUAGAAUUUCUCUCGAUCAUCCACAUCACACUUUGUUUAUAAUCCUGGCAUUGGCAAAUGCCAACAAGGAUGAACUCCUGACAAAGCCAGAAAGAAGCAGGCUUACUAAAAACAUGCCAAAAGAAACUUCUGCACUUGACAUGGAUCGAAUGGAGGCUGCUAGCAAUAUAAUAAACAUUAUAAAAUGCAAAAGAGCUGAUAUGGUGUCAAAUCUUGAAACACUUUGUGAUGCUUAUAUCACUUUAGCAAACAUGGAUGCAAGUUCCGAGAAAUUUCAGAGAGGAGGUAUAAACAUCCCUUCUACUCAGCCUAUUACUAAGCUGAAGGACCUAGAAGAUGUUGUUGUACCAACCAUGGAAAUUAAGGUGGAUCCUAGUGGGAAGUAUGAAAAUUUGGUUACAGUAAGGUCAUUCAAGCCUGAAUUUCGCUUAGCAGGAGGUGUUAAUCUACCAAAAAUAAUAGAUUGUAUUGGAUCAGAUGGGAGAGAAAGAAGGCAACUUGUCAAGGGCCGUGAUGACCUGAGGCAGGAUGCUGUUAUGCAGCAGGUCUUCCAGAUGUGCAAUAUGCUGCUCCAGGAAAAUACUGAAACCAGAAAAAGAAAAUUGAUUAUCCGCAGAUAUAAGGUGGUUCCUCUCUCUCAGAGAAGUGGUGUCUUAGAGUGGUGUACAGGAACAAUUCCGCUUGGUGAAUUUCUUGUCAGUCCUGACAGCAGUGCUCACAAACGAUAUAGGCCAAAGGACUAUAGCAACAUAUUCUGCCAAAGGAAAAUGAUGGAAGCACAAAAAAAAGAUUUUGAAGAAAAAUAUGCUGUCUUCAUGGACAUCUGCCAGAAUUUCCAACCUGUAUUUCGUUACUUCUUUAUGGAAAAAUUUCUUGAUCCGGCAGUGUGGUUUGAGAAACGUUUGGCAUAUACUCGCAGUGUUGCCACUUCAUCAAUAGUUGGGUACAUACUUGGUCUUGGAGACAGACAUGUACAGAAUAUUCUGUUAGAUGAACAGAGUGCAGAACUUGUGCACAUUGACCUAGGUGUUGCUUUUGAGCAGGGCAAAAUCCUUCCUACUCCAGAGACUGUUCCUUUUAGGCUAACAAGAGACAUAACAGAUGGGAUGGGCAUCACCGGUGUAGAGGGAGUCUUCCGAAGAUGUUGUGAAAAAACUAUGGCAGUUAUGAGAAAUUCCCAAGAAGCUUUGCUAACUAUUGUAGAGGUACUUUUAUAUGACCCUCUUUUUGACUGGACCAUGAACCCUUUAAAAGCUUUGUAUCUGCAGCAAAGGCCAGAAGAUGAGACUGAUGUCAGCUCCAACCUCAAUGCUGCUGAUCAGGAAUGUAAAAAAAACCCACAUGGUGAUAACCAGACAUUUAACAAAGUGGCAGAGCGUGUCCUGAUGAGACUUCAGGAGAAACUUAAAGGUGUGGAAGAGGGAACAGUGCUCAGCGUGGGAGGUCAGGUGAACCUGCUCAUACAACAGGCCAUGGACCCAAAGAAUCUCAGCCGCCUCUUUCCAGGCUGGAAAGCAUGGGUGUGACAAUGUGUUGUUGGUCUUAAUGAGUAUGAAGUGAGAAGGUUUAAUUUUGGAAAUAAACUGUCAUAGUUUCUGGUGAAAAUACAAGCUUUGGCUUGAAAAUAGAUGAACAUAGGAAACUGUGUUUGAAUAUUUUGAAACAUGCUGUAACUCUUUCCUCCUUCCUCGUAGUUAGUCAGAGGUAAAACUGCGGGGUUGUGGACAUAUGCUUAGAUUGGUCUUGAACUCAAAAAAGGAAGAGAAGUACUAAUUUCAGAAAGCUAAUGUUGUAAGGCAUUUUAACAAAAGGAAAAGGCCGUGCCUUUCAAUAAAACUCAUUAUUUUUAGCCGGAAUGUUGCUGCAGUAAGGCACUGCUGCCUUAUUUUUGCUGUAUGAAAAAUUAUCAGAUUUGAGUUGAAAACUGUUAUUAGAUUUUGCACAGUGGACAUCUUGUCCUUUUGCUGUACACUGUACUUCACCAAGAUGCUAGUGUCAGGGUGGAAUAUUGAGACCACAAAUGUGUAGUAGUGUUGAGUUGAAACAUCAAUGAAUGCAUGAACCUAGCUUUAGAAGUACCUUUGAACUCUAUUUAUGGUACUGAGAAGCUGUAUUUAACACUUUGUUUUAAACUCAGGGACAAGAAACAUAAAUAUUACUUUCAUAAAAGUAUGAAACUGACAUACAGUAAGAAUAUGGCUCAAAAGAAGGCUGCAUUUCAAUACCGGGAAAGGAAAAUGUGAGAAUAUAGAAUUAUAUGGACACUAGAAGCUUCCUUAUUCUGCUGACUAGUUUACUUUCACCAGCAUCAUUUAUGUCUGUAAUUACUUAACUUUGGUAUAUUCUGUCCCUUAUAUAUUAAUGUUGAUACUCCUCUUUACCUACUAAGAAUCCAAAUUAAAGUUUUAGUAUAAGCUAGCAAGAUUUUACCAAUCAUGUAUUAGCAAAAAGGUGGCUUUAUCCUACAUUUCAUUUUUUUAAAGUUCAAUUUAAUUUCUAGUGGCUUAUUUUAAAGAUUUAUAUUAGUCUCUCUCUCCUGCCCCAUGCUGAUUAUGCAUUUUGAAGUCUGCAGCAUAAUGAAGGGAAAAUUAGAAAUUAAAAUGAACUUACUAAUUAAGCUAAAAUAUGUUAAAAAUACAGCUUUGCUUUUAUAUUGCAAUACUUUCUGGAAUAUGUAUGUACGUAUAUAUUGUUCACAUGAAAAAGAUAAAUGAGUUUAUGAACUUGUACUGAAUUCUGUGUUGAGUGUUGCUCGGCUAUAAAUUCUAAUGUAAUAAUAAGCUUAUCACCCUUUU